UGUUCUAAGAUGGCGCCCAGCGAAAUAUGAGUAGUUGAGGAAAAAUAUAAAACUACAAGUAGCAAUCUAACGAAAAUAAACACAAUUAAAUAAUAGAUAACAGUAGGACCUCGCGCAGCUGUUUGUGGGAAGAGGAGCCCCGUCUCGAGCCCAGAGGAAGUGGUGGACGAGAGAUUCCUCUUAUAGAAGAAGAAACUGCCAGCAGCGAUGAAUAACCUGGAUGGAUCAGGCUCCUAUGAGGAGCUUGUGAGGCAGAAGGCUCGGAGCAUCCCUCAGCAUCGCAUGAAGGAGUUCCUGGAGUCCUUGGCCAGCAAGGGUCCAGAUGCCCUGCAGGAGUUCAGCCAGCAAGACGGAGAUACCACGACCACCACCACCACUAUGGUCUACCAACAGGAGGCCAACUGCAUCUACACAGACAGCACAGAGGUGGCCGGGUCAUUGUUGGAGCUGGCUUGUCCGGUUCAGGUGCAGGUCCAGCAGCAACAGAUACAGGAGACUCAGCAGCAGUCUGUACAACAGAAUCAAGAGCAACAGAUUGUGCAGGUGCAGAUUCAGGGCCAGCAGCAAGGUCAAAUGCUGGGUCAGGUCCUCCAAGUGCCCUCUGGCCCCCAUCAACACCUUCAAGGUGUGACCACUGCACAGCUGAUUCAGCCUGGGGAUCUUACUGAGGAGCAGCAUCAACAGCUGCAAGCCCAGUUGGUGGCAGCCGUUGCAGGAGGACAACAGAUCCAAAUCCAGACAGUGGGGGCCCUGUCACCCACCCAGCAGCAGGACAAUAUUGAGAGGAGAAUACUGGGAACCACUGUUGCCACCUCACAGGGGGGAGGUGUCCUCCAGCCAGCCAAAAAGCGUAAGGUUGACAUGCCCAUCACUGUGUCCUACGCCCUGCCUGGUCAGCAAGUAGCCACGGUUCUGGCUAUCCCCCAGGGUCAGGGCCAGCAGCAGAGUUACGUGUCCCUGCGGCCGGACCUCCUAACUGUGGACAGCUCCCACCUUUACAGUGCUACAGGCACCAUCACCAGUCCCACAGGGGAGACCUGGACAAUCCCUGUUUACUCUGCUCCUGCCGGCUCCGGAGGCCGUGAGCAGGUCACACACAUUGCCAUCCCCCAGGAAGCCUAUGGAACAGUGCAGGUUUCGGGGCCAAACACUACAACAAUGACCACAAUGCCAACGCAAGUUACUGUCGAAAAUGACAAGAUGAAAAGUCAAAGUCAGACAGCGCAGGCCGUUUCCAGCAUCACAAGCUCCGGGGGAAUGGGAGGCCAGGAAGAAGUGGUACACACGCUGUCUGCAAACACGCUGUUCCCUGCACAGCUGAUGAAUGGAAACAUCCACAUCCCAGUAGCAGUACAGGGCUACUCCAACACUACACAGUCCCUCAUCUGGGAUCCACAGCAGCAGGUGCUGCACACACAAGGACUGUCUGGGCAGGAUGCACAGCAGCUGCAGGUGCUAACACAGGGUCAUACAGUGGUAGCAGAGGUUGAUGGCCAGCAACAGGUUCAAGUGCAGGAGCUGCUGCUGCCGGCCACUCUGAAGCCAGAGGAGGGGCUGGAAGUGUGGCGGCUUUGGGCUCAGCGGAAAAAUGCAGAGUUGGAAAAAUCAGACACAAACAAACUAGCCCCAAUUGGCCGACGCCAGGUGCUGCGUUUCCAGGAGGACUUGGUGUCGUGUGCGGUGGCUGAGCUCUGCAUGGGUCUCUCUUUGAUGACAACAGAAGCUCGAGGGUUGGAGGAGGAAUCUUAUGAGGCUGAUGUUCUCUACUAUGUAUUUCUUUGCAUACAAAAAUAUCUGUUUGAUAACGGUCGAGUGGACGACGUAUUCUCAGAUCAGUACUACACUCGCUUCGCUCACAGUUUGCACCAGAUCCUGGAGCCUUGGAGAUCGUCUAUUCAUCCGCUAGGUUAUAUUAUCCCCAGUCAUGUGACGGAGGAGAUGCUGUGGGAAGGGAAACAGCUGGGAGCUCAUUCUCCCUCCACGCUGCUCACAACUCUAAUGUUCUUCAACACCAAGUAUUUCCACCUGAAGACAGUGGAACAGCAUCUAAAAGUGGCCUUUUCUAAGGUGCUGAGACACACGAGGAAGAGUCCCAACAACCCCAAAGACAAGAGCACCAGCAUCCGAUACCUGAAGUCAACAGAGAGGUUCAUAGGGCAGAAAGUCACAGACGACAUGUACUCGGAGCAGCUGGAGGACCCAGAGAACCCGCUGCGAUGUCCCAUCAAGCUCUACGAUUUCUACCUCUUUAAAUGUCCGCAGAGCGCUAAAGGUCGCAAUGACACCUUCUACCUGACUCCGGAGCCCGUGGUGGCUCCGAACAGCCCCAUCUGGUACUCCACUCAACCCAUCUCUAAAGAACAGCUGGAACAGAUGCUCGCCCGCAUCCUCGUCAUCCGCGAGAUCCAGGACGCUAUAAACAUGUUGGAGAGCGUGCACUAGUUCUGACUGGAGGAGAACCGUAAAUGGGACUAGACUCUCUUUCUCUUCACCCAGCCUUUUGAUUGCUCAUUAUCGGUAGUUUUCUAUCCUCUCACACCCUCUUGUGGUCUUUAAGGGUGGCAUGUAUAUGUUUAUAUUCAUUAAGUGUCAGCAUAUUUACAUUCACGGGACUGUACAUACAACAAAUACAGCUAAGAAUUUGUCUUAUUGAGGCGACCUCUCAACCUUUUUUUUGUUUGUUUUUUUUGGCCAAAGGAUGUCUGAUCUUUUUUAUUUGGACCUGAACUCUAAUUUAAAUGUUAUUUUUAUCUGUUGGUUAUCCUUUUUUACCAAUAGUUUUUGUAUUGCCCCUGUUAGUUUUAAUCUGUAAUAUAUUUCAUAUAUAUUUUCACUGGGGUGGGUCUUUGCUAUGCUGCUUUUCAUAGACAUCCUUAUUUGUUGUUCAACUUUUCCCCCUCAUCUGCCUUGAUCACUGUUAAGUGUCACAGUGAAUACCACAGUGGUAUUAAAACUACAUUUAUUAGCAUACCAUAGGUUAAAAGCUAAUAUUUUCAAAUUGUGUGAAUUCUCCCUUGUUCUUUGUAUUUCACUCGUCUUGUUUUGAGAUUGAGUUCACACACGGACACACCGAAUUCCGGAGAUGAGUCACUUGUUAGUGACCGCCGCCUGCAUGCUGUUGGACCAGCUCAGCAUUUUAUCAAAUCACAUGAGGACACAGACUUUAUUGCAAUACAGUGUUGACACUCGCCCCGCAGCUACUAGCACUUUCCACAUGGUGGAGAUGCGGCAGAAGGAAGUGCUGGACUCCUGAUCCUCCUUCUUUUCCCGCAUCGCCAGUCCAUCACAAACCCCCAAAAACUCACCUGGAUGAGUUGCCUAAUGUAUCAUACAUGUUUAUUACACGACAGAUGAGAGACUCUUUAAAAAAAGCGGGUUAGCCCUUUUUAUGUUCUAUAAUGUAAAAUACUCAUAGCUCCUUCAUGUACUGUAAAUGAAUGGCAGGAGAAUGGCAGUGCCUGUGUGUUUUUGAAAACAUGACCUUUUUUGUACAGCCACUAUGCCAUGUGUCUGCCUUUUCUAGCAAUAUCUGCUACCAGUUCUGCACAUGCAUCCUUUACAAAAACUAAAAGUGUGAUUAUAAAAUAAUGCACAACGAUUUAAAAAUCAAGAAAAUAAAAACUAAUCUUGU